AUGUCCUGGAUGCAAGAGAGAUCCGAUGAAAGAUUUGAUGACUACUCCGGUCCAUGUACGCUGAAGCCACUGGAGCAAUCUGUGGUACCGUGUGCCCCGCUUGGGGCGAUGAAGUCGAUUGGAUUUUUAUGCGGACAGCCCGAUGACGAACAUCUUCCCCCACCUUCGACAGCGGUAGAUCGUGCAAACCGAUACCUGGACGCGUGGAAGAGUAUGAUUGGCAACCAGUUACGCGAAGCGACCGAUCGAUGGAGCGAACAAAUCGAAGUGAAAAGAUUGAGUGUGGGUGUCACCUUGCUGGAUGGUAGCCAUGUUUGGUGUCUGAAACGUUUUAAAGACACACUUACGAAAGCUCGCGAUGUCGAAUCACGAAUUGUGGAGAGCAUAGAGCGAUGGAACGGUUGCUGGCGCAGCAUAGCUUUAACAAAUUGUCGGUGAUGUGUUUUAAGCUCGAUCAAAUUGUGGAAUUUACCGUUUCCUUUUCAUGUUUUCAGUGGACCCGUCACAUCGUGUCGAUUUCGAUUGACAAACCUUUUGAAACGUCAUCGUUUAGGCGAGACUUGGGGGUGUGGGAUUGCAUCAUUUGCCUUUGUGGAUUCCAGAGGGAAUUCGACGGAGAACCGUUAG